UGGAAGGAAGACAGAAUCAGUUGGUUUAUAGGGACUGUAGAGUGAGUUUCCUGACCUCCGAUACAACUUUAACGCUUUUAUUCUCACUUUGUUUUCAGCAAAAGACGCCUGGACUUGUUUAACUCGGGUUUUUAAAAAGGAAAAUCUGUAAUAUAUUUGCUUUUUUGGAGUUUUUGAGCACUUAUUCAUCCAGGUCUUCAGCAGGUGGGACUGUUGUGGACUGGACUGAGCUUCAUUCACCAGGAUUCACACAAAAGCCCAGAUAAUCCAUCAAGGACCUUUUACUGGGUUACUGGUUUACUGGGUUACUGGUACUCGGAAGUGGCUAGAUCUCUGUAGUGUAGCCAGUAAACCAGCAUUUGUGUGAAGAUCAUGUUGGAUUUUCUGUUCCCAGUGAAACAUAUAGACCUAAAAGGCUUGUAAAGCUCUCCUGAGACAGACAGCAGAAGCAGCAGAAAGUUUUUUUUUUUUCUCUCCCAGGACAUUGCUUUGGUGUGGAAGCUCACAAUGACCGACCACAGAUACUCAAGCCUGGAUGAAACCUCACUUCAGAAUCUGCUGGAUGGCACUGUGGAUAUGACUGAGCGACGACUCAUAAGGUCAGCUAUUCGAGAGCUGCGCCACCGUGAGAUUGAAGACCUGGAAGCUGCGCUGACCAAUAAGAGAUUCAGACGGGCCCAGGAGCACAGACACGAUGAUAAAGAAAAUCAGCAUCGGCCUGAUUUGGCAGCAUCCCUGGACUUGCUUUCUAGGAAGCUUCAGGAGAUUCAGGACAUUGAUGAGCUCUCUGUGAUGUUGCGUAGUAGCACGGAGUACGAAGAGAGGAAGCUCAUCCGUGCAGCCAUUCGCCGACUGAGAGAUGAAGAGAUUGAGGGUGCACUAGAGAAGAUUCAUUUAACCGGGCAGCAGAUAGAGAAGCAACAAAAGCCUCAAAGAAGCUUGGACUUGGAGGACCCAACGAAGGAAAUCGUGGACAAGUCUGAACGGAUUGAGAAACUCCACAGCCAAACACAGAGCAGAGAGGCCCCUAGAACAGGCUCUAACUCUGACAUGGUGUUAGUGUUAGACCCACUUCAGGAGAAGGUGUCCUGCCCUCUGACCGCCCGCUCCGAGCUCGACUCUGACUCUCCUUCCUCUGAUGUCAUUCCUCGGUACCGGACCCAUUCCAAUUCCAGCGCCUCGGCGCACAGUCACGGUUCCCACAACUGCUCCAGAGUGUGCACUUCGGAGCAAGUGGACGAGAGACCUGGUGGAUCCUCACUAAGCACCGACACAGAGGCUGAUGCUCAUGAGAAGAUUGUUGAGCAGUGUUUGCCCACAAACGACGGCGAAGACGCACUCGAUGGAGCUGUGAUCUCCAUACAGAGACGACGUGCCAUCAAAAAGCCAUCGGUCGACAGUGUGCUGAAGCAGAAGGACACGUCCAGCACUAACAAUCCGCUGUUUCCUGUUAGAAAUGAUGCAGCAUUUGCAAACAAAACGCCAUCCUAUCAUUCAUCAUUCAGCCGAGGGGGUUCAGUCCGUGACCGAGUGCGCAAAUUUACAGAACCUGCAGCAGUUUCCACUGAGAACAGGAGUGUGCAGAGAAGCAUCAACAGAGGAACCUCCUCUGCUCUCUCAGUCGGUGCAUCGCUGCCUGCUCCAGCCCACUCCGAGCCCAAACAUAACUCUCAGGACAUCUCUUCAUCCAUUCCUUCCUUCUCACUGUCCACCUCUCCAGACAGAGGAGUAAACCUUGACCAAUCACAGCGCGCAGUAGGCGGGCCGCAGAGUACUACUGAAAAUGUCAGGAGUGCUUCUUGCAGCUCAGAGGAGGACGAGACUCCCAGGGGAACAGCAUCUUCAGACACACAGGAAGUCCAGGGAGAUCUUCAGUCCAACAUGAAGGCCUUCCUGACCAUCGAGAUCAAAGACGGCAGAACCUCAACUACUCAGACUUCAUCAUCUUCAUCCAUGUCAAUGUCCAAAGCAAUGCCACGAAUCCUCACUGGUUCUGCUGCACAGAGAUCAGAGCUAACACUUGGUCUGAGAGCAACGCCAUUCAAGCUCAACAACUCCAGCCUCUCGACAGGAUCCUCCCUCAAGAUGGAAACAGAGCCUGUGUUUUCAGUCGAACCUGCUCUCCAGAAGGCCAGCGAGGCUCCACUCGUCCAGAACGGUUCAUCAGUAUCCCAGCUGAAAAGAGACACACACAGCGUCACCAGCAGCAGUGGCUCACUCACCUCUGAACAGCUCGAGGCCAUUGAGGAUGAGGAAAUCCUGGACAAAAUGCUUGAUGACUCCAAAGAUUUUGAGGAGAGAAAAAUGAUUAGAGCAGCCAUGAGAGAGCUCCGAAAGAAAAAAAGAGAGGCCAGGUUGGGAUGUUCACAGGAGGAGCUCGACCAACGGGAGAAGGAGAGGGAUCUGCGUCUGCAGGAACUGCGGCAGCAGAGAGAGGAGAGAGCACCGAAGAAUCGGCCAGGUGCAGGAGAGGUGGUGAUGAAGAAAAUCGAGAAGUCAGCCGAUGGCUCCACCGUCAGCGAGGUCACUAAGACCAACCGCUUCGCACAAUCAGGUGAUGGCAGCAGGAUGACCCGCAGCACCAUCAUGGAAACCACUUACACACAGAAGUCUGACAGAGGCACCAUGCAGACGAAGUCCUUCAGCUACUCCUCGUCUUCCUCCAGUACAAGCAAGAAGAUCGGAAGCGUGUUUGAUCGUGAGGACGACAACUCGCGUAGCGGAGGCAGCUUGGCGGCGCUGGAGCGCAGACAAGCGGAGCGUAAAAAGGAACUCAUGAGGGCUCAGACGAUGCCUAAAACCUCCGCCUCACAGGCCCGGAAAGCCAUGAUCGAGAAGCUUGAGAAGGAUGGUGGAGGCAACUCGCCAGGUGCACAGGUGAAGGUCCAGCGCUCCACUAGCUUCGGCGUUCCCAACGCUAACUCCAUUAAACAGAUGCUGCUGGACUGGUGCAGAGCGAAGACCCGCGGCUAUGAUAACGUGGAUAUUCAGAACUUCUCCUCCAGCUGGAGUGAUGGGAUGGCCUUCUGUGCUCUGGUGCACAACUUCUUCCCAGAGGCCUUUGACUACUCCACCCUCAGCCCUAGCAAUCGCAGGCAGAACUUCGAGGUGGCCUUUAAAACAGCAGAGGCCUUUGCUAACUGUAUGCCCCUGUUGGAAGUAGAGGACAUGAUGAUAAUGGGCAAGAAGCCUGACUCCAAGUGUGUCUUCACCUACGUGCAGUCGCUGGUCAAUCACCUGCGCAGAUACGAGAUGACAUGUCGAGCACACUCGGAUCACUGAGCGCUUACUUGCAUCCCCGAAGGCCGAUGCCACCGUGUUUUUUUUUUUUUUUUUUUUUUUUUUUUUUUUUGGUAGAACAUUGAAGUGUUUGCUCUUAUUUGCGGUUCUUCUGAUCGUAUGCCACAUUUCAGCUACAACAAACCAAAGGUUAAAAUAUUGCGCAGGAUCACAGCACGUCGAGUAACGCUAUAAUGCUUUAGUUCAUUAAAAAAAAAUCUAAAAAGAUGGUUUAAAAACUUUUAUUUAAAAAUCAGCGAUGAACUUGUUUUGGCAAAAAAGAAAAAAAUGUUUGAUUUAGAAUCCCAGAAAAGACAGCUUAUUUUUAUUUCUAUGCCAUGCAGCGAAAGUUUUAAUGGCUUGUAACUUUAUUCCAUGGUACUGUAGCUGGUAGAGGAAUCUGAUCUGCAUGCUUCACCAUUUGUUUACUUGAAUUUUCAUUGAACUCAUUUAGAUCAUAGGGCACAAGUGACUGAAGUCUGCUGUGAGCUGUGAUGUGCAGAUAUGAUUUCUCACUGCUUUGUAUUCCUCCCCAUGCUGAAACAAUAACGCUACUUAACUGGAUUGAAUUUACUAACCAUGCUUCAUCACACUAGUAUAAAUCCAUGCUCAGUCCUGUUUUCCUCCAGCUGAUUUAAAGCAGACUCUCCGUUAAAAUGUUGAUUGAUCUGAGGACUGGCUUCCACUCCAUAGUAGGAGAGGAACUGUUUCAACAUGGGGAUUACACAACACAACACAACACAACCCACCACACUGCAACACACCACACCACACCACAGCGCAGCCUCAGACACCCAAACACUCACAUGUACAGACAGCGGAGUGGUCCUGUAAUUUAUGCUUUAUGCUCGUGAAUUUUAUUUUAUUGUCUUUACUCUUUUGAUAUUCAUAAACUAUACUUUGAAGGAGUUCAUUCGCAAAAAUGACAAAUGGCUCAUCAAUCACACAAGUUUUCACCCUGGUUAUAGAAACAGAAGGGGAAAAGUUUCAGCCAUGCGUACCCUGGGUCCAGCACUUUUUCUUUUCUUUCUUUUUUUUUUUAAACUUAAGCUAAGAUGAUUUAUGCUUACCAGAAGAGUUCAAAGCUGUUUUUAUAUAUAUAUUUGAGCAAGUUUGUAACUAUUGGCUUAAAUUACUGAUCUGCAAAUAAUUUUAUUUAACAGAUUACACGGAUUUACAGGGCAGAGUUAACGCUGUAUUAAUUUUAUGUAGCUGAGAAUUCAUUUAAUGUGCCAAUAAGCUGUCUUUCUGUUAACUAGUAUUAAAAAAAUAGCAUUAGAACACUAUACAAAAGGUUGUUGUAAAACUGUAAUAUUUUUUUUUUAUUUGUCAGUCUUAGCCAGUCUCGUUUUGUAGUAAUUUUCUCAAAUAAAACAUCGUGCUGUAAAUUGUGCUAACAUGGAGGAGAGUGACUCUAAUGUGGUGUGAAUUUUGGCUAAACUGUUCUUUUCUCUCAUGGCUGGUUCUCUGUUCUACGUAAUUAUGUAGCAGAGAGGAGAGAAAUCGUGUCAUCUUUCCCUCCCAAACAGGACUUGGCACACUUGAGAGCUGAAGCCAUCCCAUGAGCUGCACCUUUUUACUAAACAGUAUUAAUACUGAUGAGCUUCAUAAGCAGAAUAACAGCAGGUGAUGUUCUAAACUAGUAUAUAUUCCACACUAUAGAUUAACUCUAAAACAUGCUGUAUAUGUGUAGAAAAAUAGAUGGAUAGUUCAUUGGCUAGAAUUUUUUUUUUUUUGUUUUCCAUAUUUGCACCUAGGAAUAUUGUUCACUCAGCAUUUCUGUACACUGCAAAUUAAUAUGAAGUAUGAUAUUAAAACCUUUUAUUGAAA